AUAUAAUUAUGUACAACGGAGAAGGUGCGAGAACAAACCACUUAAACCUGCAAUUUACUCAACAAGUCCUGCAGAUAACUGUAAUUGCUUAGUUGAAUAUUCGACAACCUAAUUUCAGUUGUCGAUUCGCUGCCCUUGGGAAAGUCCUUUGAAGUGAAAGUGAAAAGGGGGAUUUCAGAAAAGUAAUUAAUUUCACCAAGCGCGAUUAGAAACACUUCAGACCUCCUCGGCAUUUGCGUAUUUACGACAAAAUGCCACAAUAUCAGAAAAUUAAAGAAGACAUUCUUUACCUCUUGUCGUCUUACACACUACUUUUCAAUGCCAGUGCCACCCAUGGGGAAGGGAAGGGGCAGGCGGAGAGACACUGGCGAGGAUGAAAGGUGAGAAAAGUGGAGUGAUACACAAGCAGAUUCAAGCUGUUCUGAUUGUCAAUUAAACAAACGAAACAGAGAGGAAGAGGCGAAUAGGCGUGUUUUAAAUAAGGGUGAGCUUGUGCGUGUUUUUUUUUUUUAUUAAGCUCUCCGGUUCAAUGCAAGUUGAGACUGAACUUCAUCAACAUGCACCUGUGUGCUGCUGUCACUUUCAUCUGUCAGUGCGCUAGUGAGGGGCUCGUACACGCUGCCAUCCUCAGGUAUUCCAGGUAGGCUACAUCCCUCGCUGAAGUAGCCUAAAGAAGUUAAUUAAUUUAAUUGAACUAAAUUCCGACCUGACAAGUUGGUCAUUGGAAUGAAUAGAAUGAAUAUGAAGCUAAAGAGUCCGAACAACACCGAGGUCACCGCUCUGAAUAAAAAAAAAAACUCAUGGAAUAAAUAAAGAUAUAUAUAAUAGGAAACGCGCUUUCCCUUCAAACAGGGUGGGCUUUUUUCUGGAGUAGUCUGCGUGUUCGGCACAACCGCGCAUGCGCCAGUGGCACUUUCACUACCUGCCACACAAUCCUGUAUUUCACAUGGGGCAAGCGGGAGUUCUCAUUCACUUGCGUAAACGCUGCAGCUGAGUGGUGGUUGACAGUCUCCGGCGACACGAGGAAAACAAGACAGCGUACUUUUUUUUUUUUUUACCUCUCCUCUUUGCUAAAGGCGUAUCACUAAUGGAUGCCAAUAUGAAGCAGAAAACAUAAGUUGAGCACUCAUAAGGACGCUGCCACUUGUACUUUACGGAAGAUCCUCAACGGUGGGAUGAAGAACUGAAGCCUUAGAGAGUUUGUGCCAACAUGUCUAAACCAAUGGAUCACGUUAAACGCCCGAUGAAUGCUUUCAUGGUUUGGUCCAGAGCCCAGCGCAGAAAGAUGGCUCAGGAGAACCCGAAAAUGCACAACUCCGAGAUCAGCAAACGAUUGGGAGCGGAGUGGAAACUUCUCACCGAGUCUGAGAAAAGGCCAUUCAUUGACGAAGCCAAACGACUGCGAGCGAUGCACAUGAAGGAACACCCAGACUAUAAAUACAGACCGAGGCGGAAGCCCAAGACUCUGAUGAAAAAAGAUAAGUUUUCUUUCCCUGUGCCAUACAAUCUCGGGGAGCACGACGCACUCAAAGUUAACGGGCUUUCUGCAGGAGCACUUUCCGAGUCCAUCAUGGGAAACCCUGAUAAGGCAGCAGCGGCUGCAGCGGCCGCAGCGGCGAGGGUAUUCUUCAACCCGGCCAUGUCUACGAACCCCUAUUCCUUUUUCGACCUAGGAUCCAAGAUGACUGAGCUUUCCCCACCUUCUUUUCCAUACGCGUCCCCGUUGGGCUACCCGCCGGGAGGCGCCACGGCUUUCACCGGGACUGGCGGUGUAGGUGGCGGGACGCACGCCCACACUCACUCACAUCCGUCCCCGGGAAACCCAGGCUACAUGAUCCCUUGUAACUGUACUGGCUGGCCCUCAGCAGGACUCCAGCCGCCCUUAGCAUACAUCCUGCUCCCUGGGAUGGGAAAACCUCAACUUGAACCGUACCCUGCAUAUGCGGCAGCAUUAUGAUAGGCCCACUUUGGACUAAUACGAAAAUGAAAUGUGAAAACAAAAACAAAAAAAGCUAUUCAUGCAAGAGUUUUAUUAUGCAUGCACAAACUUGUACAUGUGAUGAAGUGCUCGUCGUCUCAGAUAUCACAUGUGUAUGUAUAUUGAUUAAUACCUUUAUCUAAGGUAAUGCUUAUUUAGAGAACUCUCUAAUCUAUUAUUACUCAGCCAUCACCUCUCACAGCCCAGAGGGAAAGGACUAAAGGAUGGCAGAAAUGCACAAAUUUGAGAGGAAAAGGGUAUCCGAGUAGUUUGCUCUUGUGAAAACCACUUUUGAAAGGUACACUAUUCGAUUUCUAUCUUGCACCUGUUGGAAUCAAGGGCAGCAUAUACAAAGAGCAUAUUAAUAGCAGAAUUAGGCUACUGUCUCAACAUUUCUCCCCUCUUGAACUGACUGUAAAUGUGUACAGAUAAAAAUGAUUCUAGUUUAUUUGCCGUUAUAGGCUUAGUGUUUGAGAUAGGGCCAGGAACCUACGUAUUUCCCUAGAAAUCCGGUGUAUAUUUUGAGUUUUUAAACAGUUUUAUAGAUGUCUGUAAUAUUUAUUGUUUAGUGGAAUCUAUGGUGACCCAGGCAAUUUUAAAAAGGACAAGACUAGUUCUGUAAUAUUUGCACAUGAAACGUAGAGGAUGUAAUUUAUUUUGAAGGUGAUGUUCAAUUUCAGUACUUUGCAACUUUCGGGGUUUGUUACAUCAAACCGUAUUUUCCCUCCCAGCAGUAAAAACAAGUUUCAGUUUAAAUGCAGAAGUUUAUUCACGGGGUUUUAUCAUUUCUUGAUCCCUCACCCUCCCACUCCUCCUAUCAUGUGCAGCAGAAAAAAAAACGUUUUUAACUAACUCUUAUGGAAUUUGUAUGUUUUGUGUUUUCUUUAACCUCCGUUAUGUACUUCAAUCUAUUGCUACUGUUCACUUGUUGAGCAAAGGACUACAAUAAAGCGUAUUCGGAUUAAACGGAA